AUGGCCUCUACCCCGACGCCUCAAACCACUCUGCGCCAGCGCAAUGUGGGCGGCGCCGCCUCGACCAAAAAAACCAAGGAUGGAGUCUCCUCAGACGUCGAGCUUGAUAAGCUCGUAAAAGCGGUCACCGCCAAGUCCUCUACUGGCUCCGAGCGUGACUUCCAGGCUGUCUUCGUUAUUAUUACAGCAUUGGCUUUCGUCACUCGGUUCUGGGGCAUCAGCCACCCCAACGAGGUUGUCUUCGAUGAAGUUCACUUCGGCAAGCUCCUCUUCGCUUUUAUGGGCUGGCUCGUUGGCUACGAUGGCCACUUCCACUUCGAGAACAUCGGCGACUCCUACAUCGUCAACAAGGUCCCCUACGUCGCCUUCCGCUCUCUGCCCGCCAUUCUCGGCGCCCUGACCGUCUCCGUCACCUACUUGAUCAUGUGGGAGUCCGGAUACAGCCUCCCAGCCUGCAUUGUUGCCGCUGGCCUGGUCCUGCUCGAUAACGCCCACAUUGGCCAGACACGCCUGAUCCUGCUCGAUGCCACCCUCGUCUUCGCCAUGGCCUGCAGCUUGCUCUGCUACAUCAAAUUCUACAAGCUGCGCCACGAAGCCUUCUCGAGAAAGUGGUGGAAGUGGCUGAUCCUGACCGGUUUCGCCCUAUCCUGCGAUAUCUCAACCAAAUAUGUCGGUCUGUUCGCCUUCAUCACCAUCGGCUCUGCCGUCAUCAUUGAUCUCUGGGACUUGCUGGAUAUCAAGAGACCCGGAGGUGCUCUAAGCCUGCCGGACUUUGGCAAGCAUUUCGCUGCCCGUGCCUUUGGCUUGAUCAUCAUGCCCUUCCUCUUCUACCUCUUCUGGUUCCAGGUCCACUUCUCUAUUCUGACCCGCUCCGGGCCCGGAGAUGACUUCAUGACCCCUGAAUUCCAGGAGACGCUCAGCAACAACGUCAUGCUCCAAAACUCGGUCACCAUUGACUUCUACGACACCAUCACUCUCAAGCACAAGGAGACCAAAGCGUAUCUCCACAGCCACGCGGACCGCUACCCUCUUAGGUAUGACGACGGCCGCGUUUCCAGCCAAGGCCAGCAAGUGACGGGCUACCCUUUCAAUGACACCAACAACCACUGGCAGAUUCUCCCUGCCGGCGCCGAUGACCAGAAGCUGGGUCGCCAUGUGAAGAACCACGACCUCGUGAGGCUCCGUCACCUGGUUACCGACACCAUUCUGCUGUCCCACGAUGUCGCCUCUCCGUACUACCCCACCAACCAGGAGUUCACUACCAUCUCGAUUGCAGACGCCUACGGUGACCGCGCUGCCGACACCUUGUUUGAGAUCCGCAUUGAGCAUGGCAAACCUAACCAAGAGUUCAAGAGCGUCUCCAGCCACUUCAAGCUCAUUCACAACCCCAGCAAAGUGGCCAUGUGGACUCACACCACGCCGCUCCCUGAGUGGGGACACAAACAACAGGAGAUCAACGGAAACAAGCAGAUUGCUCCAAGCUCUAACGUUUGGCUCGUCGAUGACAUUCCGUCUAUUCCGGCUGAUCAUAAGCGCCGUGAGAAGGUGGAGAAGAAGGUCAAGUCUCUCCCCUUCCUGAGGAAGUGGUUCGAGCUGCAGCGGUCCAUGUUCUGGCACAACAACCAGUUGACCGCCAGCCACCCCUACGCGUCGCUGCCCUUCCAGUGGCCGUUCUUGCUCCGCGGUGUCAGCUUCUGGACUCAAAACGACACCCGCCAGCAAAUCUAUUUCCUCGGCAACCCUAUCGGUUGGUGGAUCGCCAGCAGUGUCUUGGCCAUCUAUGCCGGUAUCGUCCUGGCAGAUCAGUUCUCUCUGCGCCGCGGCAUUGACGCCCUGGAUCACCGCGCCCGCUCCCGCUUAUACAACUCAACCGGCUUCUUCUUCCUCGCCUGGGCCACCCACUACUUCCCCUUCUAUGUCAUGGGCCGUCAGCUGUUCCUGCACCACUACCUCCCCGCCCACCUGGCCUCUGCCCUCGUCACGGGUGCCGUCGUCGAGUUUGUCUUCAGCCAGGACUCCAUGGAGCACGAGGUGCUUCACCGGGCCGCUAAGGCUGGCAAGAGCACGGGCCUACGCAAGCACCACCUCACUGCGCGCGAGCGGUUCGUCGGCCAGAGCAUGCUGCCGUCGUGGAUUGCCACGAUUGUCAUCCUUCUCGUCGUCGCCGCCAGCUGGUACUUCUUCCUGCCGCUGACCUAUGGCUUCCCCGGCCUGUCGGUCGACCAAGUCCUGAGGAGGAAGUGGCUAGGCUACGACCUGCACUUUGCGAAAUAG